CAAUGCACCUUUGGUUAUUAAUAUAUAUUUCGAUUUAUACUUUUCCAUGGUAAAAUAUAAAAGUGUUCUUAAAUCAUUCAAAGAACAAAGCCCUUCAAUAUCUCCCAUACAUUUCUAAACAAAUCUCUUUCUUAUACCUAACCUCUCCUUCUUUCAUGCUUCUCUCUUUUCUCUCGUCCAUACAUUUUCAAUACAUAUACGCGAGUUUGCUUCCAAUAAUCAUAUUUUCGCAUUCCCCCCACACAAACAUAAAAGAACCGUUUGAAUUUUGUUGUUGUUGCAUUGAUCGGAAUAGAGAGACAUGGGUCGGGUGAAACUAGAGAUAAAGCGAAUAGAGAACAACACGAAUCGCCAAGUUACGUUCUCUAAACGACGAAAUGGUUUGAUAAAGAAAGCUUAUGAAUUGUCUAUUCUUUGCGACAUUGAUAUUGCUCUCCUCAUGUUUUCUCCUUCUGAUCGUCUUAGCCUCUUUUCCGGCAAAACAAGGGUUGAAGAUGUUUUCACAAGAUUUAUCAAUCUUCCUGACCAAGAACGAGAGAAUGCUCUAACAUUUACCGAUCAGAGCCGUCGCCCAGAUUUCCAAAGCAAAGAGUAUCUACUGCGGACUUUGCAGCAACUCAAGACCGAGAAUGACAUUGCUCUUCAACUCACCAACCCUUCGGCUAUCAACUCGGACGUCCAGGAGCUUGAGCAAGAAGUUUAUAGACUACAACAACAACUGCAUAUGGCAGAGGAAGAACUAAGGAAGUACGAACCAGAUCCAAGCAGGUUUACAACAAUGGAGGAGUACGAAGCCUCUGAGAAGCAGCUCAUUGAGACCUUAACACAUGUGACUCAACGACGGGAACAUAUAUUGAGUGACCAGUUAUCUUCAUACGAAACAUCAGCUAUGCAACACCAAAACAUGGGUGGACCUUUUGUAAAUGACGUCGCUGGAGGCUGGCUGGCUGAAAAUGGGCCUAUUCAAACCCAAUUAUUCGACGCAUCAGCCAAUUCAGCUAUUUAUGAAACGUUGUUGCAAGGAAGUAGUUCAAGCUCGAACCAAAACAACAACAUGAGUGAAUGUAACGUGACCAAUCAUAAUGGUGACAUGUUCCAAGAAUGGGCCCAAGCUUAUACUUCUACUACGGGCCUCAAUCCGUCGGCCUUGUUUCCCCCUAUGCAGCAUCAGCAUGGAGUGGUGAAUCCCAAUAUAAAGGAAAGUGAUAUACCGGUUAUAACGAGGGAGGCACCAGCAGACCACGAAGUCUCCGACUAUGAUAUCAGAAUGCCGCAGCUCAGUAGCCAAUAAUCUCCAAGAGAUUUCAAUUUACCAAUAAAUUAUUUACGUAUUUAUACGAUUAUAUAUAUAAUAAGAUUAUACUUUGCUUUGCCCUGGAGGCCAUGACUGAAAACUUAUUUUUUUUCGUAAAUGCUGAAACUUGUUUUCUCUCAUUUGUAUAUAAAUAUUUCAUGAAAAAAACAGUUUUUUGUGCGACUCAUGAAA